AUGUCGCCGACUGAGGAGAUGAUUUCGAAGGUCCACGAGCUGGAUCCGCAUCUGUCGGUUCACGACGCGUUGGAGCAGGUCAAUGUUAAGGUUGGAGAUGACGAUAUCCUCGUGGAGGACGAGGAGUUGCUCCUGGAUUGUUUCCUCGAUAUGCUCAAGGAGCUCGAGGAGAAUGAGCUCGCCGAAGCUGUCCAAACAUGUCUGGGACUGUCGUCCCAGUACAACGCGAGCAACGACCCUGAGGAUCUUAAGAAGCUAGAGGAGGUGGUCGACUCCCUCGACCCGGCCGAAUCUAUCCUCUUCGCUUCCGCCUUCUCCCACAUGCUCACGCUGGGAAACAUUGCGGAGGAGAUUCAGAUGGCUCAUCGUGCGCGGAAGAGCAAGGUCGGGUCCAUUGAGGAGGAAGGAAGUGCUCUUACCGAGUCCAACAUAUCGGAGACGUUCCAGAAGCUGAUCAAGCUGGGCAAGUCGCCCGAGGAGAUAUUUGAUGGGCUCAAGAAUCAGCGCGUGGACCUCGUGCUCACCGCUCACCCGACACAAUCCAUCCGCCGCUCCCUGCUGCAGAAGCACGCCCGCAUUCGCGCCCUGCUGUCUCAGCGCCACGCCCAGAAGUAUACGAAGGAGAGGCAGCAAGAGCUCGAGGAGGCUCUCAAGCGGGAGAUCCAGGCGGCGUGGCGCACGGACGAGAUUCGGCGCACGCAGCCGACACCGCAGGACGAGAUGCGCGCGGGAAUGAGCUACUUCUACGAGACCAUCUGGAAGGGCCUGCCCGAGUUCCUGCGCCGCGUCGACACCGCCCUGCGCAGCAUUGGCAUUGAGGAGCGCCUGCCGUACAACAUCCCCAUCAUUCAGUUCUCGUCCUGGAUGGGCGGCGACAGGGACGGUAACCCCCGUGUGACGGCGUCCGUGACGCGCGACGUGGUGCUGCUGUCGCGCCUCAUGGUCGUCAACCUCUACAUCUCGCAGAUCGAGGAGCUCCUCUUUGCGAUGUCCAUGUGGCGUGGAAGCGACGAGCUCAAGGAGAGGGCGCAGGCAGUGCAGGCCGGGGCUAAGAAGCACGGCAACCACUACAUUGAGUUCUGGAAGCAGGUGCCGGGCAACGAGCCGUACCGUGUGGUGCUGUGCGAGGUGCGCGACCGCCUGUGGAACACGCGCGACCACUACCAGCAGCUCAUGGUGGACGGCCACUCCACCUUCGGCACCGAAGACAUCUACACCUCCGCCUCGCAGCUGAUGGAGCCGUUGGAGCUCUGCUACCGCUCCCUGCACGCCUCCCUGGAUGGAGCCAUUGCAGAGGGCCAGCUCCUUGACUUCCUGCGCCAGGUCGCCUGCUUUGGCCUCUCCCUCGUGAAGCUCGACAUUCGCCAGGAAUCCGACCGUCACACUGACGCCGUAGAUGCUAUCACGCAGCACCUCGGACUGGGGAGCUUCAAGGAGUGGAGCGAGGAGAAGAAGGUGGAGUGGCUGAUUUCGGAGCUGCAGAGCAAGCGGCCGCUUUUCGGCGCCGACAUGCCCAUGUCGGAUGAGGUCCGCGAGGUGAUCUCGACUCUCCACGUGAUUGCUGAGCUCCCGGAGGACUCUCUCUCGGCUUAUGUCAUCUCUAUGGCGACGUCUGUCUCGCACGUGCUGGAGGUGCAGCUGCUGCAGAAGGCGUGCGGGGUGACCCCCGCCCGGCGCGUCGUGCCGCUGUUUGAGCGCCUGGACGAUCUGAACAACGCGCCCAUUGUCCUAGACGCGCUCCUCAGCAUCCCCUACUACAAGGAGAUUAUCAAAGGCCGACAGGAGGUCAUGAUUGGGUACUCCGACUCAGGGAAAGACGCUGGGAGGCUUGCUGCCGCCUGGGCGCUGUACAAGGCCCAGGCUAGCCUGGUGGAGGUGGCUCAGAAGCACGGGGUGCAUCUGACGAUUUUCCACGGCCGGGGUGGGACUGUGGGUCGCGGUGGCGGCCCCACGCAUCUGGCUAUUCUGUCGCAGCCGCCUGGGUCGGUGGACGGGUCGCUGAGGGUGACGGUGCAGGGAGAGGUUAUUGAGCAGUCGUUUGGCGAGGAGAACCUGUGCUUCCGCACCCUGCAGCGCUUCACUUCUGCCACUCUGGAGCAUGGCAUGCAUCCCCCAGUGUCGCCCAAGCCUGAGUGGGUGGCUAUGAUGGACGAGAUGUCACCGCUCUCCACCGAGGAGUACCGGUCCAUUGUCUUCAAGCACCCUCGAUUUGUCGAAUACUUCCGAUCCGUGACCCCUGAGACUGAGUUCUCCCGCAUGAACAUUGGCAGCCGCCCGUCCAAGCGCAAGCCUGGUGGCGGUGUGGAGACCCUGCGUGCCAUUCCCUGGAUCUUCGCCUGGACACAGACGCGCUUCCACCUCCCUGUCUGGCUGGGUCUCUCGGCGGCCUUCCGCGGCGUGCUGGAGCGUGACGCCAAGAACCUGGAGACGCUGCGCGACAUGUACCAGAACUGGCCCUUCUUCCGCGUCACCAUCGACCUCGUGGAGAUGGUGUUUGCCAAGGGCGACCCCCGCGUCGCUGCGCUCUACGAGAAGGAGCUUGCGAACCCCGAGCUGCACGAGUUUGGGACGGAGCUGCGCCGCAAGUACGAGGAGGCCCGCGAGCAGAUCCUCAAGAUUACUGGUCGCUCGGUGGUGCUGGAAGGGAACGCACCGCUGCGCCAGCGCCUGCUCAUCCGAGAGCCGUACAUCACACCGCUCAACGUGCAGCAGGUGCUCACCCUCAAGCGCAUGCGCUCGGGCGCCCAUGCCUCUGCCGAUGCUAUCGGCCUGUCAAUGGCACGCACCAGCAGCGGGAGCAGCGGCGGCGGCGGAUCUAUGAAGUACAAUAAGUCUUCUGAAGUAGUGACUCUGAAUACGGCUUCGGAGUAUGCGCCUGGGCUGGAAGACACGCUGAUUAUCACUAUGAAGGGAAUUGCGGCUGGCAUGCAGAACACUGGCUAG